AUGCGGCGCGGUGUCUUGAUCUUUCUCAUCGUCAACCUGCUCAUCAUAUCAUUUCUUGUGCGCAGUGUUUUCACCCUACUAUCCUUGCUGGUAGAAGAUGCCUCGGCCGAUGCAAUUCGUCACGCGGAGCUACCAUCGCCAAAUUCGAGCUUAAUUGAACAACGGCCGCAGAUUAUACCCAAGAUCAUCCACCAGACAUACAAGAACGAGACAAUUCCUGAAGUAUGGCGGGAGGCUCAGCGAAGCUGCAUAGACCUGCACCCGGACUAUGAAUACAUUCUGUGGACAAACGAAAAGUCCCGCGAAUUUAUCAAGGAUGAAUAUCCGUGGUUCCUCGACACAUUUGACGGCUACAAGUACCCGAUCCAACGUGCAGAUACUAUCCGAUACUUUGUGCUUGCUCACUUUGGUGGUACAUAUAUCGACCUUGAUGAUGGUUGCAACCGGCGAUUGGAUCCCCUCCUCGCCUACCCUGCUUGGGUGCGCCGUACCGUUCCAACGGGUAUCUCUAACGAUGCCAUGGGAUCCGUUCCCCAACACCCGUUUUUCCUUCGAGUCAUUGAAUUGCUGAAAUCUUACGACCGCAGCUGGCUGCUUCCUUAUAUUACCGUCAUGUACUCGACUGGUCCUCUCUUCCUGUCAGUGAUUUGGAAGGAAUACAUGCAAGAUAAACCGAGUGAGGCUGCACGAGUUCGGAUUCUCAUGCAGGAUGAAUACAACAAGUACUCGUGGAGCUUCUUCACUCACCAUGUCGGCAACAGCUGGCACGGUAAAGAUGCCAGGUUUAUCUUCUGGAUGGGUCAGCAUUGGAUGUUCCUCACUGUUCUGGGUUUCAUCCUCGCUUCGCUCGUGGGAUUCUGCCUCUGGUGGAUCUAUGGGCGCAUGAUUCUCCUGAGCUCGAAAUACCGCUACCGAUACUCGAAACUACCGAGCCUGGGGCGCUUAUCUUCCUCCCCCACACGUCGAUCUCGAGGCAUGAUGCCUACGCUACUUCGUCGUGUUAGUUUCAAAGAAGACGAAGAAUCUGCCCACGUUACGGAAUCCUCGUUCGAACUUUACAGCCGUCGCGAUUAG